AUGACAAAUAACGAUGCUACCCGACCAGACGAAUCGAGUAGUUGCAGCAGCGACGACGACAUUACAGUCGAUACGGAUACGAGUUGUGACAGCGACUACAGUGGCGACGACGACGAUGACGACAAUUCAACAAGCGACGACUGCUACAGUGGGACGAGCGUCAUGUUCGCAAAGCUGGAGAAGGCGAUUGACAAAGUAGCACCGGGGACGAGUGUCAUUGUGCGACUGUUCUUUAUGAACGGACCAAGCGAGAACCGAACGCCGUCGUGGGCAACGACAAAAGGUGAGAAGGGGACAAACGACUGGAGUAACGCAUCAGAGCUAUUUAGAAAGUUGACCGUGCAUUUGCGCAAUGAAAACUGA